AUGGACCACCUCAGAAGCACUCUUUAUGCCAUCGCUCAGCGCGAGGGCAUCGCCAUGGCCGACGCCGACCGCGCGCUGGCGGCCUACCAGCACCAGACCGCGCUGCCGUCUCAGCCAAAUGACAGAGACACAGAGACACAAACAGACUCCCAAAGUCGGACCCGUAGUGGGAGAGAAAGAGUAAGUGCGGAGCAGAUGAAGGUAGUAACUCCGCAGUCGACACAAACACAACUCCAAACGACACAGACGCCGCAGUCGACACAAACACAAGUCCAGUCGGCCCCAACACCCCAUAUGUUUCCAACCAACAUCUGCUUUGCCACCGCGGUCAAGCUGCUGGAAACAGCCCGAAACAUGGAGUGUCGCGAGUACAUUGCCCAGCCCAAAACCAACCACAACUGGAACGAGAUCCUGCGCACGCUCGAGGCCCAGCGACAGCCGUUCGACCAGCUCGAGGACAUGUGUCUCGUCAUCCACAUUUGGAACGGCAACUCCACCUCGGCCGCCUGCAAGCUGCUUUUCGAGAAGUUCCCCCACAGAAGCUACAACCAGUGGCUGUACCGGUACAAGAACCUCAAGGAGGCCGGAGGAGAAGACCUGGAGGGAGCAGAGGAGAGCCAAGGCAGAGCCAAUGGCGAGGAGGAGAUUCCCGAAGAAGUGUUCCGUACUCACUUCAAAACCCGAUUCCCAGACGUCUACACUGAUCGAGUGCUCGCCAAAUCGUCGUCGCUCUCACAUGACAAACCCGACCGCAAGUGGUAUUCGUUUGCAGUGUUCGAGGACUGGGCCAUUGUGCUGUGUCUGUCAAACCAGGGCGCCACACCCACCAUCAUCGAGGCCGCACGAGAGCUGCACACACAGUUUCCUCACCGCACGCUGUGUGCGUGGAAUAACCGGUGUCGUAUGAUGAUCCAAAUGAGUUCGAUGGAGUUCUCCAAGAUGGCUGCAGAGGCCAAGGCUGGCUACGACCACGAGCACGCCCUAAAGCAACUCGAAAAACGCUUCCCAGAAGUUUACAAGGUUCCUGUCUCCACAGGACCGUUGCCAUCAUGGACACAGAACAAACCUACCACCUCGGCCACAUCACACCGACUAGUCAAGGAGAAUAAGAAAAUUCGGUUCACAGAUGUCGAGAACACAGCCACAUACGCUCAUAUCGCGUUGUGCCAGACGGUUCAGGCUGCUGCCCGACAGAUGGCCCACCUGUUCCCCCACAGAUCGGUGCGUGCUUGGGACAAACGUAUGCGGGUGCUGCGCGCAGUACCUGGAUGGCAGCAAACAGCGCAGGUAAGCUGCUCCCAGUACAGCUACGAGGCAACGAUCGAACAUUUGCAGGCGCGAUUCCCUCAGGUAUACAACGCUGAGACGUACAGACCCGAAAACGAGAGCAUGGCAACGCGCGCGGAUGAGUCGUUCCUGCGCAAGGCCAGAUUCGACGAGUUCGAAGACCAUGUGGUGCUCGUGCACCUGUCCUUGUCCCCCACCACGACGGCCACCAAGUUACACGAGCUAUUCCCCCACCGCACCCAGCAGGCCUGGAGACAGCGGACACUGCACGUCCAGAACAAAGUGGACGCCAACGCCAUCGAGCAUGCCAAGACGUCGUAUUCUCAUGAAAAUGUCAUGCGGCACUUUCGGCAGCGGUUUCCGUGGGUAUACCGGGAGAUCAAGAGCGAGCCCGUGGAGGCCAUCGUUAAGGUCGAGAGUCCGAUAAUGCCCACUCCGCAGAUCAUGCACACCAUGCCUCCUCGUCUGGAGCAUAUUCCUCCGCCUUCCCCUGCUCUGGCGUUCCCUCUCACUCCUCCGUUGAACACCGAAGAGCUUCCGCGAAGUCUGGCUACUUUGGAGCGCCUGUUGAUCCUCAAGACAAUGGCGUCUUCCAAGUCUCCGGCCACGGAUUUGUCUCGUGCAUGGCCACAUAAGCAUGUGUACGAGUGGACGACGCUGUGUGAUUCUCUGAGGAAUGCUUCGAACCAGGAGUUGGUGGUUGCCAUGGAGACGUUUUGCGAGCAGGAGUUUCGAGCCGUGCUGGCCGUGCACUAUCCCCAGUACCGUGUUCAGCGUCGUAAGAGUUGGAUUGAUACAGUUUUGAUCAAAGGGUAG